GUAUAGUCCAUUUAGUAAAAGUUAUUUUGUUGAAAUAUUUUUUUUCCGCUAAGUAUUUAUUUAAGAAUAUUCAUUAUCCAAUAUGAAACGCAUAAAAAGACAUAAAGUGAAAGAAGAGCAGCCUGAAACCUCUACCUCUAUUCGUGAUAAAGAAGAAUUUGACUUAACUUACUACAUUCAUGACCGAGUGGAAUUAAUGCAUCAAGUUUUCUCUGUACUAAAAGCUAAGGAGCUAAAAGCGAUGGCUCCACGGUGUGUGCAAUAUAUUUCCAUUAAUGAUUUACAAGAGUUGUGUAUGGAGGAGGUAUGUAAUAUAAGAUUUUUGCACAGGAAUCUGUUUGGGUGGGUAUACCACUUGGUGAGUGGUACUUACUGAAUAUCUAUGAGGAGUCAGAAUAUUUACAGGCUGUUAGGUAUUUCAUCUGUUUCUCAAGGGUGUCAAUCAGCUGCAGCCUUCUUUUUAGGGUUCCAUACCUGAAGGGUAACCAUUGGGACCCUAUUACUAAGCCUCUGCUGACCAUCCGCCCGUCUAUCUGUCAGCGAUGAUCCGUAAUAGGUCAACAUAUGACAUUUUUACAGAAUGUGUAUUUCUGUUGCCGCUAUAACAACAAAUAAUAAAAAUAAAUUAAAAAUUUAAAGGGUGCUCCCCUACUAGAAACAUGUUAUACAGAUAUAUAGAACCUUUCAUGCGCAAGUUAAACGUGCACUUGGCAGGUUAUUAAGUAUUAAUCUGUUGCUGGGGAGCAUAUUCCUUUUAUAUCUAAUAGGUUUUGGGAGCAGGAAUUAAUUAUGAAAACUUAUUGAUGACCUCUGUAGUUUUAUUAUUGGAGAUUGAAUCCAUGGAAAGUUUUGGACCCUGUAAUAAUAAUUUUGUUUUACUGACUUUUCUCCUAGACACAUUUAUUUAAAGAAACAAUGUGAGGAAGCCUGUAUUUAAAAGAAAAAUAAUAUUUUGAAGACCUGUGAAGACACUUCCUUGCCCUUAUAACUCUCUCAAAAAUGAGAGAAGGCCUGUGACCAGCAGUGGGACAUAUAUAGUAACUUUAUUAAGUGUUAGUAUAGCACCCAAAUCUUAAAUAAACUUCAAAUUAUGUUGACUAAGUUUGCACAUAAAUAAUGACAGCAUUCACAGUGUCACAGUUCACACACAAUUCACAGACAGUGUUCACACAUGCUUGCAAUCCACUAAGAAGUUACAGAGAAUGUACCGGCACUUAGUGUGCAAUUUAUUAAGGCUGCAGAACCUAUCUAGUAAUAUACCGUGAAGUCUUUGUAUCCAAAUGUAAAUACUGCCAAGUUCUGAGAAAGUGGAACUAUCCUUUUCUAUUAUAAAAUAUUGAGACACAAUUUUACUAUCAAUCAUUUAGGACCGUACCUGAUUUUAGAGUAACAAAAUGUGAAGGAAUUGAUGAUAAUCAAGUUUAUCAAUAUUUUACUCAUCAUUACAGCUUAUCUAAAGCGUACUGCAGAACGUAGGCCUGCUUAUAGAUUGUCUUUGAAGGGGAAUAUGGCAUAUUGAAUAAAAGUAUUUAUUUACACAUUUUAUUGUGGUUUUUUUUAUAGGAUAAGGGUGACAAACGAGCACACAGUCCACCUGUUGGUAAGUAGUUGCUGUGGCCCAUAGACAUCUACAUAUAUCUUCGAUAACAAAUCAAAAUGCAGAUGCAUUGUCACCUGUGAGGACUAAGAUGGAAUGCCUCGUUUCCAGUAAAAAAGGGUCUCCAGUUCUCUACACUCACACUACGAAACACAACAGCAUUAAGCUGCUAUUUUACGCUGGUGUUCUGUGAGAGCGUGGUCCUUCCCCGGUCGAGCCAACCCAUUCGUGUUACAACCAUAAUAUCACUGCAGCAUGGCUCUACCACGUAUAAAAAUUAAUAUUUUAAUUCCCGACGUUUCGGGUGCUUUUCAGCAACACAUGGUCACGGGGGGGACUGAGAUGUUUGACGUCCCGAUGUCACAGUUAGCCCAGCAACCUUCAGUUUUUUAAUAUUAAUUUUUGGUUCGAUUUACGCAGAAUGAACUUACAGUAUCUUGAAGUCUUGCAGUGGUAUGCUUGGCUUUGGAUUUAAUUUUGUUAAUUAUAGGAUCCCAAGCAGAUGGCAGCACCCAUCCAUCUUCUCUAUUGAAAUUGGGAUUUUUUUUUAAUUUCAAUAGCCUCGUGUAUCAUCCUUGGUAGGAAUCGGUGUUCGUUUGCGAGGAUUUGUGGUCUAUAUAUACACAUAUAGUAAACACAUGUAUUUUAAACAAUUCAUGCCCAGUUAGAGCACUUGUGAUACAAAGUGCAAAGUUAACUGCUAAGAAAACUGCUUACUGGUUGAUGAAGUGAAGAACAUACAAAUCCGUUUGGAAACAACCUCCUAUCUUAGAAGUAGUCAAAAAAAGAAAAUAAAUUACAUCUGAUUGUAAACUUUCAGCUUCUGGGGAUAAGCUCUAAACGUCUGUGUGCAAUACUUGAUGGUGCUGAACCACCAUCCGAUACAGAAUCAUCGAGCAGAUCCCCUUCUCCAGAGAAGUUGGAGACCAUCUCACUGGACAGCAUUUCAUCAGACGAGGAGAUUUUAAGUGAAAGUAGUAGCAAAAAGAAGAAGCACAAACACCGCCAUCGCCGUUCGAAAUCCAAGUCCAAACACCGACGGAAGUCAUCGUCCGAUGCGUCAGAGAACAAUGCGGACAGAUCCAAAGCCUCUAGAAGCGGUCUGACUGUUCUGGAACUGCUUGAGUUGCAAGCUCGCGCGAGGGCCAUACGAGCUCAACUACAGCAGGAGCAAGCUGCUGAUGUAACGGAGUCUGCUUCAGCGUCAGCAGCACAUCACACUUCUGAUGAUGAAGUGGAGAUUAAAGAAGAGCCACCCGAAGUAGUUGAGAUCAGUAGCGAGGAUGAGAAGCCGAACAUCGAAGCCUUGCAGAAAGAAAUGUUACAAAAUUCGGUUGAAGCUUCAACCAGAGAAACACAAACAGUUACGAAAAGGAUAAACGAUCUUAUCAUCACUGUCCCUCAAACGAAACCGACACGUAAAAUUAAACUAAACAGAAACAAACCCUCUGCUUCAGUUUUAAACGCUAGCGGUGUAAUUUCUGCAGUUGACAAAACAAAUGCAACGCAAUUGACUAAUAAGAUUGAUGAAAAAGUAAACAACAAGAACGGCGACAUUUCUAAAUCUACUAAUAAGACUGACAAAGUUGAAUCUGAAACUGUUAUUGAUAAAUCACAAUCGUCCGAGAAGAUAAGUGCAAUAAAGGAG